AUGUUGCGGUAUUUAUUAGAUACAUUUUGGAAUGAAGAUGUUUGGCUGCCGCCAAAUACUACUUGGGAGGACAUAAAACCAGGACCCGAUAAGGUUGUGGUUUAUAAUGAUCACAGGCAUCUUCUGUACCCUAUACCUUUAGCUUUUGUGCUCAUCGCACUGCGCCACCUUAUAGAAAACUAUUGGUUUGCACCAUUUGGCAAAUCAUUAGGUAUAAAGAACACAAGAUCAAAAAAGGCUCCCAUUAUCCCUAAACUAGAAGCAGCAUAUCAGGAAUGUUCUAAAAUUAAACAUAAGCAGAUAUGUGCACUAGCGAAGCAGCUAGAUAUGACGGAGCGUCAGGUGGAGAGGUGGUGGCGCCUUCGAAGAAGUCAGGACAAACCAUCUACACUCGUCAAGUUUUGCGAAAAUGCGUGGAGGUGUACCUUCUAUCUCUACAGCUUUUCUUAUGGGGUGUUUAUCCUCUGGGAUAAGGAAUGGUUGUGGGAUAUAGACCAGUGUUAUAUUGGAUAUCCACAUCAGGGUGUAACAAGCGAUAUCUGGUGGUACUAUAUGAUAUCGUCAGCGUUCUACUGGUCGCUGACGUUCUCCCAGUUCUGGGACGUGCGUCGGAAAGACUUCUGGCAGAUGUUCGUGCAUCACUUGGCCACUAUCGCUCUGCUCUCCUUCUCCUGGGUCUGCAACCUUCAUCGCAUUGGCACGCUGGUCCUGCUAUUGCACGACUGCGCUGAUAUAUUUUUAGAGGCGGCAAAAGCAGCUAAGUAUGCGAACUAUCAAAAGUUUUGCGACGUAAUAUUUACAAUUUUCACCGUCCUCUGGAUUGUUACCAGGCUUGGUAUCUAUCCAUUCUUCAUUAUUUGGAGUACAUCAAUCCGCGCUCCCAUGCUUCUACCGAUGUUUGCAGCGUACUAUAUCUUCAACUCUCUACUAUGUCUGUUGUUAUGUCUACAUAUGGUAUGGACUUGGCUGAUACUGCAAGUUGCCUACAAAGCUAUCAAUGCCGGCAAGAUGGAAGGUGAUAUUCGCAGUUCCAGUUCAGAUGUAAGCGACAGUUCACAUCAAUCCAACCACAGCACGCCGAAUAGGGUCAAUAAUAAAAAGUAA